UUUCCCCAAAAUCCAAAAUGAGCUUACCCAAAUGCACCCUCACAAAUUAUUGCGGCAAAGUUGCAUUUCUUAUUAAGAAGAACUCCCAGAACAGCUUAGAGCAUGAUCUCUUGGUGUGUGAUAAGUGCACUACCACUUUUUAUGCAAGUGAGCAGGCUGUACAGGUGCCUGAGUUUGAGACUGUGCUUGAGUGCUUGAAGAUAGGUCAGAUAAGAGUCUGGGUGGAUUAAAGAUUGUUUUGGGGGAUUUUUGGGAAUUUAGUUUAUUUUUUUGAUAGCUGAGUUCUGAUUGGUGGAAAUUGAAGACUUCAGGAGAUCAUAUGAGCUUGAUGCCUUUUGGAUGAAGUUGAUACCAGAAUUGCAGGCUUUUGAAGGUCAUAUUAAGAUGAUAAAAGAAACUUUACAAAUCACAAAAAAUGCAAGAAAUUGGCAAGAUCUUGGCUACAUCCAUGAUGAAGCCAAAGAUUUAUUCAACUCCAUUCUUGAGUCUAAGCUCAUGAAGGAGUAUAUCAGACAAAAGAACUGUCAUAAAUUCAGGGACAACACAAGUAAACCUGACCAAAUACCUACCCUCUCUGAUGAAUGGCUGAUCAAAAAGUUCUUGUGGUUAAAGAACCACACUCAAAGCUCUGAAGAAAUAAAUCGACUCAUUGCUAAAAUAAGAAGCAAAGAAGACAUUAUUAAGAAUAAAAAUGAGAUUAUCAAGCAACAAAAUGAGCAAAUUCAAAACCAAAGGGAAGAAAUUCUUGAAUUGAGAAACACGAACAGUUCCUAGCGUAGAAUCUAAUCAGGAAAAACUAAACGCAAAUGCACAGGAAAGCUCUAAACUUCAUGAUAAACUUGAAGAAGCUAAUGAUUAUAUCUGAGAGCUCGAGGAUCAAUUAGGAGCAUGGGAAAAGAAGCAUUAUCAUGAGAUUACUCAGCUUAAGCUCAAAUAUGAGAGAGAUAUUGAAGACAUCUAUAGUGAUUUUCAUGAUCAAAUUAUGAGAAAAGAUCAAAGAUCCAUCCAAAUCAAUUAUAAAUAUAAUAAAAAGGGAUCAAAGCACAAUAGAAAGAGAAAGAAUUGUAACAUGCUUGAUGCUGAGAUUAAAAAUAUUAGCAAUUCUGCAGAGAAAAUCUAUGAAACUAUCAAAAAUACUCUGAAGAACUAGAUGAAUCCUUUUUACAAAAAGUUGUUGAGUUCAGAAACACUUUAAAUGAAUCCCUUCCGACCAGCUCCUUCAAAAAAUUACCUCAAAAGAUAUAGGAUCAAGUGGACUUAAUAUUAAAUUCAUUUACAAAUGCCACUCACUCCCUACAAGAGCAAAUCCCAGAUUUUAUUCUUCAUCAAGACAGAAUAACCAAGUUUGCUAGGGAUAUUGCAAUAUCCUCAGGCAAGAUUUAAAAGACUCAUGAUCAAUAAAAUACUGCUGAAUAUCUAAUUUCAUACUAGAAACUCAAGAAAACUA